CGUAACUCAUUUAUAGCAAUUCUUAUUGAAAAUAAAACAAAUCUUUUGGAAGAUAAUUCUAAAAUUUUGAUUUCUGAUUUUGAACAAAAAAUAUAUCAGCAUGGAUAAUAUUGGAGAUAUUCCCGACCCCUACGACAUACCAGCAGAUGACGACAAUGAAACAUUUGACGUGCCGUCGAAUCAUUACCAGCAAAAUCAAGAAACUUCAGCAACUUUUAAAAAAUACGGAACAGAAGGAGAAGUCAUUUACGACAUUUCAAAAAUUCGUUACGACGCGCCGCCAGAAGACACGAACGAAAGCGAAAAUCACGUUCGGAAAAAGAAUGAAAGUUCCGACGUUAUAGGUAACACGUACAACAAAUUAAACUCACAAAAACAUGACACCAGACAGCAAGAGGAAAAUGAAAAAUACGACAAAUUAGACAAAAAAAAUCACCAAGGACAAAUAAAUCAGUCGUACGACUAUCAGGAAAUUGACGUGCAGCAAUUACGAAAACACCGUCACGACGAAGAACGAAAAUAUCAAGAAAAACAAAAACACCUUCAAGAUGUCAACUUACACGCCGACGCUGAUGAACCGUCGCCGUACGAGUUACCAAAUUUUGAUGAAGCUAUAUCAAACGACGUUCAAGAGACGCGAAAAGAUCGCACAAACCGAGGAGACUUGCCGAAACUUUUUACCUUCAACGACAUGUACAUCCGUAAAAACUGGGAUGGUCGGCUAAAGGUACUAGAAUUUAUCGCGACCUUGUUAGCCGUGGCUUUUUUACCUUCAACCUAUUUUCACUACCAUACUCGAUUUAUCUUUCAUCGUUUUGUUACCGUCACUUGCCUGUUCUUCAUCGUACUUGAUUUAUUUUUGCAUUUGUUCUCCAUCUGGGAGCGAAUUCCAACUUGGAUCGUAGGCUCGCUGACUCUAAUGUUUGCGACCGUUCUUGCAGGAAUAUCAUUACUGGCUUCGAGUUGUUUGAUUAUUGUAAAAGCUGAAGAGACUAGUGACGAAUCAAGAACGCUGGCGUCAGCAUUUUUUGGUUUCGCAGGUAUGGUAGUUUUCGGAACAGAAAGUGUAUUGCAUUUCUUACGGUACCGAACGGAUUUCGAAUACACAAGCCAACCAGUAUAUUGACUUAACGACAAAUGGCAAAAUCAAACCAAUGUAAUUAGUUGAUACUAUAUUGUAUAUACUUUGUACAUCAUUACACAUGCGCGAAAUAAAAAUUAUAAUAAA